UCAUAUUGUAAGCAAAAGUUGAGUUCAUUGAUCACUCCAGAUCAUUUGGUUUUCAUUUUCAAACCCUUUAUAAAUCCUCAUCAACCCCCUCACUCCAUAUCAUACACCAACAAAUACUACUAAAUGGCUAAUUCCAUUAAUGGAGUUCCGCUAAAACUCAUCGCAUUUUUGUUUUUCUGUGGUGUGCUAAUUAUCUUAUCCCCCGGCGGUCUGUGCCAAUCAGUCCCGGGGGUUUACAUUUUUGGAGACUCAUUGGUGGACGUCGGUAACAACAAUCACCUCGCUCUUUCCCUUAUUAAGGCUGAUUUCCCUCACAAUGGUGUAGAUUUUCCUACUGGAGAAGCUACUGGUCGGUUCAGUAACGGAAAAAAUCCUGCUGACUUUCUUGCUGAAAAGGUGGGAUUACCUUUGGCGCAACCAUAUCUAUCAUUGGUGUCAAAAUGGAAAACGUCGAACACAUAUCCGAUUACUGGAGUCAACUUUGCAUCAGGAGGCGCGGGACUCUUUAAUAGAACUGACCUCGUUGAACAAGCAAUUUCACUGACACAACAAGUAGAGUACUACACUUUGGUGUAUGAGCAGUUGGUUCGAGAACUGGGCUCAGAUGGUGCCCAAACCCACUUAGCCAAAUCAUUAUUUGUGAUUGUGAUCGGAAGCAAUGAUCUCUUUGGCUACUUCCGCAACAACUCCAAAGUCUCAAAGAAGUACACCCCACAACAAUAUGUUGAUCUCAUGGCCUCCACUUUUAAACAAUUUAUCAAGACGUUGUAUGGUAUGGGAGCACGUAAAUUUGUGGUGACAGGAGUUGGAAUGAUCGGUUGUUGCCCGAGACAGAGAAAGCAAAACCCCACCAAGGAAUGCGAUGUGGAAGCUAACUAUUGGUCGAGAAAGUACAGCAACGAUUUGAUAUUGUUGCUAAAGGAUUUAAAGUCGGAAUUAUCAUAUAUCAACUAUUCUUAUUUUGAUACUUACAAUGCCAUGAAUAACAUCAUCCAAAAUCCUCAAGCAUAUGGAAUUACGGAGAUAGAAGAAGCUUGUUGUGGACUCGGCAACUUGAAAGCCGACAUCCCUUGCAUACCAAUUUCGACCUAUUGCCCCGACAGAAGAAACCAUCUUUUCUGGGAUUUUGUUCAUCCCACAGAAACUGUGUCUAGUAUAUUUGCUGACCUAUUUUACAAUGGACCACAAAACAUUACGUUUCCAAUAAAUGUACAACAACUUAUUGAGUUGUAG